AUGGAAAGUAUAGAAAAGGUUCAACAGUUCCUUCAAUCAUUAGAUGGUUCCAUAGAUGACUUGGAAACAAAGUUACAACCCAUAAUAACUCAAUCUUUACAAGAAGUCAUAGCACCUAUUGAAAAUCCAAUUGAACGUAUAGAAGUUUAUAACAAUUAUUCAUAUGUAUUGGUAUCUAUAAUAUAUGCUUAUUUGAAAAGUACAGGUACUGAUUUAACUGAUCACCCCAUUAUGAAAGAAUUAGAAAGAGUUAAAACUUAUAAUAAGAGACAUAAAGAUUUGAUAGCUGAAAUGGCCAAUAAGGAGUCUAAAGAUGAAGAGAUGAAGAAAUCUACUAGAGAUUUCUUAACCAAGACUUUAGGUGUUAAAGAUGAUGAAACGGCUAUCAGUAAAUCUAACUUUCAAGGCACUCAUAAGAAGUUUGAUAAUUAG